UACUUCUUCUCGACGAUUUCAAUUGCUGGUAUUCUUCGAUCAGCACAUCCCGUCAAGAUGAAGUUGAACAUUUCCUACCCUGCCAAUGGGUCGCAAAAGCUCGUCGAAGUCGAAGAUGAGCGCAAGCUGCGUGUCUUCAUGGACAAGCGCAUGGGCAAUGAAGUGCCAGCUGACAGUCUGGGUGAUGAAUGGAAAGGCUACAUUGUCCGCAUCACCGGCGGCAAUGACAAGCAAGGCUUUCCUAUGAAGCAGGGCGUCAUGCUCCCUACCCGCGUCAAGCUCCUCCUCGCCGACGGCCACUCCUGCUACCGACCUCGACGAACUGGUGAACGCAAGCGCAAGUCCGUCCGUGGCUGCAUCGUCGCUCAAGAUCUGUCCGUGUUGGCUCUGUCCAUCGUCAAGCAAGGCGAGGGCGAUAUUCCAGGCCUGACCGACGUCGUCAACCCCAAGCGUCUUGGUCCCAAGCGUGCUACCAAGAUUCGACGAUUCUUCGGCCUGAGCAAGCAAGAUGAUGUCCGCAAAUUCGUCAUUCGACGUGAAGUCGUCCCCAAGAAGGAGGGCGCCAAACCAUACACCAAGGCCCCCAAGAUUCAGAGACUCGUUACUCCUCAGCGCAUGCAACACAAGAGACACCGACUCGCGCUCAAGCGAAGACGCGCUGAGGCCUCCAAGGAUGCUGCGAACGAGUACGCUCAGCUUCUGGCUAAGCGUGUGCACGAGGAGCGUGAGAAGAGAACCGAGCUGAGGAAGAGACGUGCUUCCUCUAUGAGAAAAUAGAUGGGUUUGACAUGGUCUUACUCUAAGAGCAAGCCAUCAGCAUUCGGAGCGGAAACCAGCAAAGAAUUGGACCCCAUUCCAGGUCACGAGACGUGGCAGUCAAGCUGCUACGAGAGGAGAACAGAGAAUGGAGGCUCUCGCGCGCCAGCUAUUCAGGCUACCUGCCCGCUUACUGUUCUGUGACUGGAGGACGGAGGAAUCUUGUGUCGCUGUAUGUGACCACUCGAUCGAUGAAAGUUCGAGUCCUACACAUUCAGGCUCUCAAGGGCACAUGAUAGAAAAGGACAAAUCAUACCGUUUUUCACACAUCGAUCGGACGUGUCGCAUUCUCCUGCCAUUUGUUUUUCU